UGGCGUGCGCUGCGGGCUAAAGCCGGGUCUUUGACUCUCGUGGUCCGGCCUGCUUCGUUCGCGGCCUCGCGCGCCUCUGUUUCCCGGCCCGAUGGCCGGGCUCACCCUGUUUGUGGGCCGCCUCCCUCCCUCAGCCCGCAGUGAGCAGCUGGAGGAGCUGUUCAGUCAGGUGGGGCCGGUGAAGCAGUGCUUCGUGGUGACUGAGAAAGGGAGCAAGGCAUGUCGAGGCUUUGGCUAUGUCACUUUUUCUAUGCUGGAAGAUGUUCAGAGGGCCCUCAAGGAGAUUACUACCUUUGAAGGCUGCAAGAUCAGUGUGAGUGUUGCCAAGAAAAAACUGAGGAACAGGUCCAAGGAAAAGAGGGGAAAUGAAAAUUCAGAGUCUCCAAAGAAGGAGCAGAAGCCUAAAAAAGCCAAAGUGGUAGAUAAGAAAGCCAGAUUAAUUAUUCGGAAUCUGAGCUUUAAGUGUUCGGAAGAUGACUUGAAGACAAUAUUUGCUCAGUAUGGAGCUGUCCUGGAAGUUAACAUCCCUAGGAAGCCAGAUGGAAAGAUGCGUGGUUUUGCUUUUGUUCAGUUCAAAAACCUCCUAGAAGCAGGAAAAGCUCUCAAAAACAUGAACAUGAAAGAGAUAAAGGGACGGACAGUAGCUGUGGAUUGGGCCGUGGCAAAGGAUAAAUAUAAAAAUACACAGUCUGCCUCUGACCCAGGUGAAGAGAAGCAACCUGAACCUAAACAUCAGAAAUUAGGUAAAGAGAAUGGCAGGAAAGAAGAGGGUAUGGGAGAGGAAGAGGAUGAUGAUGGUGAUAUGGAAGAGGAAGAGGAUAAUGAUGAUAGUGAUGAAGAAGAGCAGGAGGAGAAUAAAGAACCAAAGGUGACCAAGCCUGUGCAAAUUUAUAAGAGAGCAGUCCAGAGAGCAGCGCCUACAGAAAGCAGUGAAGAGGAUCAUUCCGAUGAGGACAGCUGCCUGGAGGGAAGUGACAGUGUUGACAGUGGAGAGGAACCGGCUCAGAGCGAUGCCGACACUGAAGAGCAAGAGGAUGAAGAUGUACAAGUCUCAAAGAAAAAGAAGAGGAAAUUACCCUCCGAUGUGAAUGAAGGGAAAACUGUAUUUAUAAGAAACCUGUCCUUUGACUCAGAGGAAGAAGAACUUGGGGAGCUCCUCCAGCAAUUUGGAGAUCUUAAAUAUGUCUGCAUUGUCUUGCAUCCAGACACAGAGCAUUCUAAAGGCUGUGCCUUUGCUCAGUUCAUGACUCAAGAGGCAGCUCAGAAAUGCCUUGCAGCUGCUUCUCCAGAGACCGAGAGUGGUGGGCUGAAGCUGGAUGGCCGGCAGCUCAAGGUUGACUUGGCAGUGACCCGUGAUGAGGCUGCAAAGCUCCGGACAAAGAAGGUGAAGAAGCCAACUGGAACUCGGAACCUCUACCUAGCCCGAGAAGGCUUGAUUCGUGCUGGGACGAAGGCUGCAGAGGGUGUGAGCGCUGCUGAUAUGGCCAAAAGAGAACGUUUUGAACUACUGAAGCAUCAGAAACUGAAGGACCAGAAUAUCUUUGUCUCCCGAACCAGGCUCUGCCUGCAUAAUCUCCCCAAGGCCGUGGAUGACAGUCAGCUCAGAAAGCUGCUGCUGAAUGCCACUGGAGGGGAGAAGGGGGUACGCAUCAAGGAGUGUAAGGUGAUGCGAGACCUCAAAGGAGUUCAUGGGAAAAUUAAGGGUCAGUCCCUGGGCUACGCCUUUGCAGAGUUCCAGGAGCAUGAACAUGCUCUGACAGCCCUGCGCCACAUCAACAACAACCCAGACAUCUUUGGGCCUCAGAAGAGACCAAUAGUGGAGUUUUCUUUGGAAGAUCGAAGGAAGCUUAAAAUAAGGGAACUGAGGAUCCAGCGCAGCCAGCAGAAAAUGAAAUCCAAGUCCACAACUGGUGAGCCACAGCAGGAGCAACCAGAGCUUGGCAAAGACCAACAACAGAAAGCAGCUCAAAACCGCACACAGGAGCAAAGCCAGGCUCCCCCAGAGCAGAAGGGGAAGGCGGGCUCUAUCUCAUGGACAGGAUUCCAGACCAAGGCCGAGGUGGAGCAGGUGGAGUUGCCUGAUGGAAAGAAGAGAAGAAAGGUCCUGGCGCUACCCUCACACCGAGGCCCCAAAAUCAGGUUGCGGGACAAAGGCAAAGUGAAGUCUCUCCCUCCUAAAAAGCCAAAGCCCCAGAUGAACCAGUGGAAGCAAGAGAAGCAGAAGUUAUCUCCCAAGCAGGUACCUAAGAAAAAAGCUAAGGGAAAUAAGGCUGAAAUUCGCUUCAACCAGCUGGUCGAACAAUAUAAGCAGAAAUUAUUGGGACCGUCUAAAGGAGCGCCUCUUGCAAAGAGGAGCAAGUGGUUUGACAGCUGAUGAUGCCUGCUGACUGGAUAGGAAGCUGGACUGUGCGCUCCUGUACAGCUCCCAGGCUCCUUCCCACGCCCCAGUGUCGUUUACUGAGGGAAAGAAACCCCCUGAUGCACUGCCACUUUUUUGGGGGGCUCCCUGGGCUGUACACAUCUGGACUUUGUGUGGUUAGUUAAUCAUAAAGAUAAAUAUCAGAAAAAACAUGAUGCUUCUUGCACAUUAUCCAGAUUCUCGUGAAAUUGUGUUUAUAAUUAUUACCCAUUUUAACUUUCUGUUUCUCAAAUGGAAACAGUUGUAAAAUGCAUUCUUGAGUGUGCUGAAUUUUUAAGGUGUAUAUUUAAGUGUUUUUUCCAAAUAAGAUAUUUUGUGGCUUUUUGAAUAACAGACUCUCAUUUCUAAUAUAUAUAAGCCAUUUAUUAUUUAUGAACAUUUUUGACAUUCCUAACUCUAAUUCCAUUACGGAGUCCUACGUACUGCAGGAAUUGUUUAAGAAAGAGCAGAGAAAAUGAUUUCCAACCUAAUCUCUGAGGGUGGGAGAAACUUGGAAAGUAAUUGAGGGCAGUGGGGUCUGGUGGAGAGCAACAUGGGAUGAUUAUUUGCCAAAUGAGUGGGUUAUUGUUGGUAGUUGACAAGAAAUCAGUUUGCAGUGGUCCACAGACACUAGCCUAGCUGGUGUAAUGUACAUUUUCUGUCAUUGAGCGCCUCCGCUGAGGGCUUAGAGGUUAGGGGUGGCAGGCAGAGCACUGAGCUCCAGACCUAGGCUCCAGCCGCACUGCUUUACCGAAUGAUGGCCUUGAACCAGACACAGUCUGUGGAAUGAGGAGUUUAACUAAGGUGUGUGUGUGCUCCUUCCCAAUUCUACACUCUUUCUAAUCCAUUCUUAUGCAUGUUUGUAUUCUUUCUUUUUAACCUCAGAGAAGGUAGAGAUAACUUUAGUUAUUUUUCAGGAUUUACGUGUCACAAAAGCUGGGAAGGGAUGGUAAAUGUUAGAGAGUCAAGGUCCAAAAGGAUUAUAAAUAGCCUGAAGGGAUGGACUAAAUCUGAUAAGAUGAAAAUCACAGGAACAAAUAUAAAUUCCCCCACUUGGGUCCAAAAACCAUACUGCACAAGUUCUGGUAGGAGAGUUUGAGGCAACUAAUUUUGCAUGAUGGAGAGACAGUGUGGCUGUGUUAGUGGAAAUGGAUGUCUCAGGUGGGUUGCUAGUUCUCUGAACUGGCCAGACUACACUUGUAAGACAAAUGUAAUGAUCAAGGUAGUCAAGGAAAUCAAAAUGUCAGA